AUGAAAGGAACUAAAACAGGGGCGGCGGCGACGACUGGGCGGCGGUGGUGGGAUCAGCAGCAGCAGCGAGCACCGGGGGUAGAGGAGGCGGAGACCCUGGCGGCGAGCACUGGGUGGCGACGACCAGGCAGCAGCGGCAGUGGCAGUGGCAGGGGCGAGCGCCGGGAGGCGGCAACCAUGCGGCGGCGGCAGUGGCAGUGGCAGGGGCGAGCGCCGGGAGGCGGCGACCAGGCAGCGGUGGCGGCGGCGGCGGCGGCGGCAGCGGCAGCGGCAUUGGCGAGCGCUGGGAGGUGGCGACCAGGCGGCGGCAGUGGCAGCGGCAACGUCAGCGGCGAGUGCCGGGAGGCGGCGACGAGGCGGCGGUGGCGGUGGCAGCGGCAGUGGCGAGGGCUGGGAGGCGGCGACCAGGCGGCGGUGGAGGUAGCAGCGGCAGUGGCGAGGGCUGGGAGGCGGCGACCAGGCGGCGGUGGAGGUGGCAGCGGCAGUGGCGAGGGCUGGGAGGCGGCGACCAGGCGGCGGUGGAGGUGGCAGCGGCAGUGGCUAGGGCUGGGAGGCGGCGACCAGGCAGCGGUGGCAGUGACAGCGGCAGUGGCGAGGGCUGGAAGGCGGCGACCAGGCGGCGGUGGCAGUGACAGCGGCAGUGGCGAGCGCUGGGAGGUGGCGACCAGCCGGCGGCGGCGGCGGCGGCAGUGGCGACGGCGGCGGCAGCGAACUCCGGGCGGCGAGGACCAGCAGCAGGUACGGCGUGCAGACGGAUGA